UGCGAGCAGGUGAAACCGUGGCAGAAGCUGGCCACUGACCAAAGGUUUUGUCUUGCCUAAUUCAGACUUGUUGUCGGCUGCACUUUGUGACAGCGGACGUUUAGAUUCCACAGGGAUAUUUGUUUCAAUGCUGUGGGAUCGCUGCGAGACGGAGUAAAGAAAUGGACAAAGAAUUGGGCCUGAUUGUGAUCCUGGCGCUGCUUCUCUGCCCCAAAGGCAACACGGGCUCACAAACCUUUUGUCCAUACAAAUGCCACUGUUUCACUUCAGCCCAAGUGCUCUGCGCUGAUGGAGGGCUGUCAUAUUUACCCAGGAACAUGUCCCGGCAGGUCAAGGACUUCAUCUUAAUAUCGUCUGAUCUGCAGUACCUGUUCUCGUACACUUUGAGGGAUAGCCCCCAACUCACCAAGCUUGUCUUCAUAAAUAAUGCACUGAGAAGCAUUCACUCGCAGGCUUUUGAGCAUCUGGUUGAGCUGCAGGAGCUGGAGGUCAGUGGGAGCCCCUGGCUGGACAGUUUAUUUCUGGGGACGUUCGCCAAGCAGGAAAACCUGACCAAACUGACGCUUAACUACAACGGGUUGAAGACGGUGCUCCCUGGCACGUUCGACUCUCUUAUCCAGCUGGAAACUCUGCAGAUGAAGGGCAACGCCAUAUCAGAGCUGCCCUCAUUUCUCUUUGCGAACCUCCAAAACCUGCGUGUCCUGGAUCUGUCCCGAAAUAAGCUCGAGACAGUGACCUUUUCGGGUCUUGCAAGACUGGAGACCCUGAAAAUGAACCACAACCUCAUCAGCGAGCUCACAUCUGACACGUUCCACAAUAUUUCUGGGCUGACAGAGCUUCACCUGGAGGGGAAUAAGAUAGCAGAGCUCGCUGACGGCGUCUUCUUUGCGUUAACCGAACUGCAGGUGCUGAACCUCCGCGGUAACCUUCUCACAACUUUCAGCGAUAAAGUGUUUGGAUUCGAGGCCUCAAAUCUGACGGAACUGAACCUUAAAGGCAACAGACUGACGGAGCUGUCCUCUCUAGGCAGUUUUACAUCCCUCUCCGACCUUAACUUGUCCUCUAAUCAGCUCUCCAGCCUUCCUGAAGACGUUUUCAGAAAUGUCACAGCCCUGGAGUAUCUGGACCUGUCUGAAAACCAGCUCACCUCGCUGCCCGAAACGAUCUUCAGCAGUCUAUUCAACAUCAAAACAAUCCACCUGAACAAGAACAGCCUGAGCAAAGUGGCCGCCAAGCUGUUCGAGGACCAGGUGCUCAUUCAGCAGCUCUACCUCGACGACAACCAGAUGGAAACCAUGCCGUGGGGCCUUUUAGACUCUUUUGCCAUCCAGCACACAGUGAGGCUGCACGGAAACCCCUGGAGAUGUGACUGUCACCUGUGGUAUCUGUAUGACUGGGUGCAGAGGAACAGCCAGGACAUAGAGAUGCUCGACAGGGUGCUCUGCCAGAGCCCCGGCUUUCUGCGGCGGCGGCCGGUCGCCUCCGUCGACAGAGAGCAGCUGGUGUGUCGGCUGACUCAAGACGAGGUGCCCGAUUUCAGCCGCUGUAGCCAAGAAGCUUUCAAAGACACAGUGGUCAUCAAGUGCAAAGUGGAUAAAUGCUCCCCGCUGACUGUGAAGGUGCAGCUUCAGGAGAGCGGCGGCGGUUUUAAGGAGCACACUUUCAACAUUGAGCCUGAAUAUUCUCAAUGUAGCAAUGAGACCGCGAUCUACAGCCCCAUUCACUAGUUCUCCGAGUUAAUCAGACUUUGUUCUCUGUGUAAAUACGUCCUCAUGCAUCUGGCCGUUAUUCACUGAAGGGGUCGCAUCAUACAGGAUGUUCUGAAUGUCACAGUCAAUAAUGUAAACAGACCUGUAACUCACCAGCAGCUGAUAAACAGUUUACACGCAUGCCGCUGAAUGAUAAGAGGGGUGGGUGAACCCUUUUCCUGCAGGGUUCAAAGGUGCGCUAUGUAGUUUUGGGAAAGAAAGAGAAAGAUCUUUUUUUUUUCUUUUUUUAAGCCUAAGCAAACUAAAGCAACAAACUCUCUUUGUUUUCAUGACUGAAUAAACAAACUGACAUUAAAGAACAACACAGUUUCAUGCUGUUUCACUUUGUUUAUAUGUGGCGGACCCUGCCACAUUUCAAGCUUCCAACAGUGUCCUGGGACCUUAUUCACCUCUGAAAACAGCUUGUUUAUCUAGUUAUGGAAAAAAAAUUAUAUGUCUGAGUUUGUAUUAUUACCUCAUAAAUAUUGGAAAUAUAAAAAAUCAGAGUUCUCCAAAACUACAAAGAGCACCCUUCAAGAUCUGAUCACUGAUAAAAGGAGCUAUGAGUUCAAUCUGAUCAAUCAUGGAGACUUUGUGAAGUUUUGGAACACACUGCCCAUGUGAUAUGUCAAUAAAAUGUCAUAUUUGCAUCAUCAAAUGAUUAACUUAACACUUUGAAAAGACAGGAAACAGAGUCCCUCCUCAGGGCAGUGAUGGGAGAAGUAUUAGAUAUUCAGAUAUUCAGAUUCAGAUAUGUGGAAAAUGGUCCCCCACGGUUGGAGGUGAGUGGAACACCACUGUGGUAAAUACAAACAACAGCUUUCUAACAGUGUGUCGGACGUCAUGUAGGCGCUGAUGACAGACAGAAGUCAGUGUUAUGUGUUGAAAACAUGUAUGUUGAAGUAAACACGUAUGUAGCGCUGUGAUUCUUCCCUCUCACUGAAGUUACAUAGUGCGGAAACAAGUGAGGGGUGGAGUUACUGAGACAGAGACACUGUUCGCUCUGCUACAAGACACUGAACCAUCAACAUGAUUCUGAAGCUGCCAUUUUCAAGUAAACAGAAAAGUUACCUAAUGUUGCUACCACAACAUAAAACCCUGCACUCUAAGUUUUAUUUGUGAAAUACUAUCAAUAUAUACAUAUA